GCCGCCCGCGGCUUGCGGAGGACAGCGCCCGGAGCCGGGGGCCGAGCUCCGUGCCACCUGCGCGCGUGGCCGCUCACCUGAACGCUGUCCUCCCGCGGACGGGACCUGCGGGCUUUGCAGAAACUGGGACUGGUUUGUCAAAGCAAGGAGAAAUAAAAUCCAACGAGAAACCGAAAACUCGUCGAACACUGACCCGCUUGCUCUCCACGCUUUGGAAAUUCGGCCACCCAGACCCCAGUUCCGGAAAAGUGGCCGCCACCGCGAGCGGAUUCUGAAAAGCCAAAGGCUUGGCCAGGGCCGGACUGAGCGGGGCGAGGCUGAAGCAGGUUGCAGGCUGGUCCAGGACAGCUGUGGCCUGACCCUGGGGGUUCCCGGGGCUGCCACCGCUCCGGCAGUUCCAGACCCAAGCCUCGCGCUCCAAGGCUGCGCACCGCAGACCACCGUCAUGUCCACUCCCGUGGCCAAUGCGUCCGCCUCUUCGAUGCCCGAGCUGCUGAACAACCCGGUCACCAUCCCGGCCGUGAUGUUCAUCUUCGGGGUGGUGGGCAACCUGGUGGCCAUCGUGGUGCUGUGCAAGUCCCGCAAGGAGCAGAAGGAGACGACCUUCUACACCCUGGUGUGCGGUCUGGCAGUCACCGACCUGCUGGGCACGUUGCUUGUGAGCCCUGUGACCAUCGCCACCUACAUGAAGGGCCAUUGGCCCGGGGGCCAGGCGCUGUGCGACUACAGCACCUUCAUCCUGCUCUUCUUCGGCCUGUCUGGCCUCAGCAUCAUCUGUGCCAUGAGCAUUGAGCGCUACCUGGCCAUCAACCACGCCUACUUCUACAGCCACUAUGUGGACAAGCGGCUGGCCGGCCUCACGCUCUUCGCGGUCUACGCGUCCAACGUGCUCUUCUGCGCUCUGCCCAACAUGGGCCUCGGCAGCUCGCGGCUGCAGUUCCCUGACACCUGGUGCUUUAUCGACUGGCGCACCAAUGUGACGGCCCACGCCGCCUUCUCCUACAUGUAUGCGGGCUUCAGCUCCUUCCUCAUCCUCGCCACGGUGCUGUGCAACGUGCUGGUGUGCGGCGCGCUGCUUCGCAUGCACCGCCAGUUCAUGCGCCGCACCUCCCUGGGCACCGAGCAACACCACGCGGCCGCCGCCGCCGCCGUGACCUCGGCCGCCUGCCGCGGCCACCCCACCGCCUCCCCAGCCCUGCCGCGUCUCAGCGACUUUCGCCGCCGCCGGAGUUUCCGCCGCAUCGCAGGCGCUGAGAUCCAGAUGGUCAUCUUACUCAUUGCCACGUCCCUGGUGGUGCUCAUCUGCUCCAUCCCGCUCGUGGUGCGGGUGUUCAUCAACCAGUUGUACCAGCCAGAUUUGGUGCGAGAAAUCAGCCAAAAUCCAGAUUUGCAGGCCAUCCGAAUCGCUUCUGUAAACCCCAUCCUGGAUCCCUGGAUAUACAUCCUCCUGCGGAAGACAGUGCUCAGCAAAGCCAUAGAGAAGAUCAAAUGCCUCUUCUGCCGCAUCGGUGGGUCCCGCAGAGACCGUCCGGGACAGCACUGCUCAGACAGCCGGAGGACAUCUUCUGCCAUGUCCACCCAUUCUCGCUCCUUCCUCUCCAGGGAGCUGAAGGAGAUCAGCAGCACAUCUCAGACCCUCCUCUACCUGCCAGAGCUCAGCGAAAACAGCCUUGCAGGCAGGAAUUUGCUCCCGGGUGUGCCUCUUGAGGGCCUGGCCCAAGCAGACACCACUUCACUGAGGACUUGGCGAGGAUCAGAGACCUCGGACUCCUCGCAGGGUCAGGACUCGGAGAGUGUCUUACUGGUGGAUGAGGUUGGUGGGGGUGGCAGGGCUGGACCUACACCUAAGGGGAGCUCCCUGCAAGUCACAUUCCCCAGUGAAACGCUGAACUUAUCAGAAAAGUGUAUAUAGCAGUGAAGGAAAGGAAUACAGCACUAUUUCUGGAACCUUAAAAACCCUGUGCAAUAGACACAUCAAUGAAGCAUUUAGCUGUGCUCAGAAGGGCUGUCAUUGUCCUGUCACUCAAGAACAUCCUGGCUUUUGAGCACUUUUUCAACAAGUUGGUAUUAGCACAUACGUCCCAAAGCCUGAAGCACAUUGGCUGCCACCCUCCCGCAGCCCAGGACAGCAGUCACAAUCUGAUGGCUGGGGAGACUGACCCUCCGUUUCCCCAGUGGACAGGAGGGUGGGAGAAGUUGAUAAAGAAGAGCUUUAUAUCUGGCACACAGCAGAGGCCCGGAUGCUAGAAGGGCUCCGUCCCGAUCAACUAUGAGGACUACCUGAUGGGUGACUGAAGUGUCUCACUAAAGCAUGAAAUGUGAAUUUUUAUUGUUGUAAAUAUGACCUAGGGUAUUUAAAGUAUUUUCUUCUCUGUGAGAAGGUUUAUUGUUAAUACAAGGUAUGAGAAAAUUACAGUAACCCCCUCCUCCAGUUAUGCCAGCUGAAGUUGCAGGGUUUUUGUCAUAAACAAGUUCAGGCUGAGGUAUUGUAAAUUCACAGUGAAACUAACAUCUAUAACAUAGAUAGAAAAGUUUAAAAAGAAAGAGUUUAGUAUUCUCAAAGGAAUAAAGACAGAAUGCUAUUUAAUACAUGAAAAUGACAGCCCAAAAUAAAGUUUUCUCCAGGCUAGGUAUAAUACACAAUAAAAAAAAUUUAGUGGUAUUACAUUUAUUUAUUCAGAAAACUGUGACUUCAGGAGAACCCAGCACGUUGGCAAAUAGUUUCAACUCCUUUCCCCACUAAUUGGUACUUUUAAAAAUGUAACAUAAACUUUAGAAAUUUUAAUAACCCAUCACUGAAGUGUAUAAUAUAAAAAUAAAAAAUCUAAGCAGCUUGAUUUCCCUCUGAAAGUGUGCAUGGUUUUACUUUCUUAAGGAAUGGCCCAGAAUGUUCUUUAAGAGGAAGGCAAGUUGCACCAUACAGGUCUUUGAGAUGGGGAAGGAUCCAAAAUGUGACUAAAUUAGCAUUUCACAGUGUCAGAAGAACUGACAGAACCUGGGCACUGAAGCAUUGUCUUCUGACGGUUGUGUGGAAUCCCCAGUGAUGUUGUAGACGUAUUUGAAGGGCCUUUCUUAAAGAAAUAUUAAGCAUCUUUUAUUGCUCGAAGUGUUCUUGUGAACUGCUUGGUUAUCAUUAAAUACUGAGCCCGAUAUUGAUAUGGUUUUAAAAAGCAGUUGUGCCAACUGAGAUUAUUUUGGACAUUAUAAUAAAUACAUUCAA